AUGGGCCAAGGUUUAUACUCGCAGCCAAGUUGGAGAAUCCCGGUCCCGCCAUCACCCCCCGGCACACUCCGGCCCGGAACCGGCACCGGGCCUUCAACUCCCGUCACUCUCUCUCUCCGUCUAUCAACCCGGUCGCGCAAAGGCAUUCCCGAUCAUUCAACAGGAGUACAUGGAUCCAUGGAGACGCCGAAGAAAGGAAAGAAGGCGUGCACCGAGUGCCGCCAGCAAAAGGCCAAAUGCGAUGUAUACCUGAACCCCGACCAGCCAUGCACCCGGUGUCGUAAAGUGAACGCAAGAUGUGUCGUGUCCGACCCGUUCAAGCGCGAGCACAAACGCAAGCGCAUUUCCGACCUGGAACGGGAAUCAGAAGAUUUGCGACGCAAGCUCAGAGCAUCACAGCCGGCUGACCCUCACCUCUCGCCGAUUGCGCUUCUGACAGCGGCGGCGGAGAUGGGGGCGCGUACGCCGGCCAGUGAUACUCUCUCCGAAACACAACCGCCUCCCUCGUACCCACCACAGCUCCUGGCACCGAUGGGUCCGGAGCACAGCAUCCCGGGACCGGUAUGCGAUGGUGAUACCAAGUCGCGCACCCUGAACGGCAUUCAGAUCAGCGCGCAGGAAAUUGAUGAUCUAUUUCAAAUCUUCUUCCGCUAUUAUGCCCCAUUUCUUCCCAUUCUCGACCCGCAAAUGCGGCCCAACACGUACUAUGCACAGUCACCGUUCCUCUUCUGGGCCAUUAUCGGCGUUGCAUGUCGGGCAUAUGCCCGAAAUCCGACUCUCUUGAUGGCGCUGGCUCGCAGUAUCAUGGAGAUGGCAUUGCUUUCAACCCUGUCGGUGUCACCGCCAUCGAACACCAUCCAGGGCAUCUUGCUUCUUCUCACGUGGCCAUUUCCGAAGGGGGACCAUCCCGACGUGACAUUCCCGAUGGGUGGGAUUUUGCUACACAUUGCAAUGCAGAAUGGUCUCCAUAUUCCCAUGUCCAGCCAUGAGUUCUCACGCGUCAAGAUGCCAGCUCCCUCCGAAGUAGACCUUCUCCGCCGCUCGGAGUUAUGGGCGCAUUCUGUAAUCGUUUAUCAGCGGGUCUGUGUGACCAAGGGUCAAUUACCGCGAGCGCUAGUUGAUCUUGGACAGGAUCCGGCAAAGGGUCCGGCACAACGACAAGGCCUGUUUGAAAAGAUUGCGCCUUGGAUGGCGUUGAAGCUUCGUUGUCAAGUGCUUAUUGCCAAGUGCAGCGAGGCAGUCACUGAAAAUGGGCUGCGUACUCUGUCCCUGGACCAGGAGCGGGCACUGGACCUCAUUUUGCGUGACUAUGAAGGUCAAGUGGACGACUUGGAGCUUCAAGCCGUGACUGAUGACGAAAGGUUUGAUACAGCUCUGUGUAGGAUGGCAAUCCAGACUUUCCACCUGUACAAGAACCAGACAUUAAUCUCGAGUGGGUGUUGUCCACGAAUACUCGUCACCGCCUGCCGCUUGAUCGACUAUAUUCAAUCACUUUGCGAGCGUGUCGGCUUCUUGUCCAUGGCACCAGUCCAGAUGGGCUUUGCAUUACUUCUUGCUUCGACGUCGUUGCUCCGCAUUCUCAAGAGUACACUGGCUUCUCAGGGUCUCGAAACCAGCCGUGCUCGAGCUUCACUUUUCACCGCAAUAAACCUGGCCCAGCAAAUGUCGGUUGACAGUGCCGACCUAGCUGCAAAGACCGUGACCGUCUUAAAGGCAAUCUGGAAUAGCAGCAGGGCUUUCCGCAAGAUGGAUGGGACCGAGUACAACUCCCUACGUAUCCGCAGUCGCCUAGUAUUGAGUUCUCGAAGCGUGAGAUCCGUGGUGGAACCGGCUCAGGGCAACGGCUACGCUCACUCGCGGUACACAGGCGCGACGGGGAGCUCAGUCGGCGAGAUGAAUCGAGAAUUCGCAAGCGGAACGACUACAUCUGAAGUGCCCGAGAGAAAUGAUGCCUUUCAUCUGGACGAGCAAUUCCUGGCUGACUUUGAGUGGGCACUGGGGGACGAUGCGCUGUUCUCUCUGGAUCCCCUCUCGUCCAACUGGUCUACGACAAACAAUCUGCUGUGA